CCUUCCCAGGACUGCAGCUACCAGCAGCAAUGGUUGCCUUUUAUACCAGCCUCAUCUUGGCCCUUGUUGCCGGGGCUCUGGGUCAUCCAGUCGUCCCAGCAGGUCUUGGGUUCGGAUACGUAGCCGCUCCAGCCACUCUCCCCUACCUGACAGCCCCAGCCUUCACCCCGGUAGUUGCAGCCGCUCCAGCCGUGACGUACCAUGCAGCUCCAGCGGUUGCCACUGUUGCCGCCGCCCCAGCGGCAACCGUCACUAAAGUGGACACCUACCACGCUGCCCCAGUUGUUACCAGCGUUGCCGCAGCUCCAUCCGCUGCUGCCGGCCCGACCUCCACUGUCACCAAUGUGGACACUUACCACGCGGCUCCAGUGGUCACUAAGGUGACGACAGUCGAGGCUGGUCCAGCCGUUCCCAAGGUAGCCACGGUCCACGCUACGCCUGCUGUUACCAGGGUAGAUACUACGUAUCAUGCCGCCCCUGUCGUAGCUGCUACGCCUGCCGUCACCAAGGUUGCGACCGCUCACGCUGCUGCUCCAACCGUGACCCACGUCGACACCUACCAGGCUACUCCAACGGUUGCCACUGUGGCCGCAGCCCCAGUGUUGGCUUCAGCUCCAGCCGUUGCAGUGAUUGCUGCGGUUACUCACGCCGUGCCCCCUUUUCCUGCAUACCACGCUGCUCAACUAGUGGCUGGCCCUGCUCCGGUCUACGGAUACGAUGUCGGAGCUCUCGGCUCUGGCCUAGGACACUAUGGCUACGGAUACGGCCUAGGCGCUUACGGCCUCAACUAUGGUUAUGGCCUCGGCUCUCCUUUUCACUAUUCCAACCUUCUCCUCCGCAAGAGAAAAUGAACUAAACAAGACAUCGAGAAAGACCUACAGCUGCCCCUAGAAGACCAACACCCUUGAAAUUGGCAUUUUAAAUAAAGCAACAGCUGAGGCAGAACAA